CUCGGCGUCGGAUUAAAGUUUGUUUGUUUUACGUUUAGCGAGCGAGAGCUGCCAUUUCUCUCCUCCUUUCUCCCCGUCUUCUCCCACUCGCCUCGUGAGCGCUCGCACUCUCUCGCACACAUGCACGAGAAGGCGGAGGACGGAGAGAGAUCAGACCACACAUACAGAUCCAGGCCUCCACCCUCCACCCCCAGCCUCCAGUUCCCCCGCCAUCUGUGCACGUCCCUCUGCCUGCAACUCUACAACAACAAGGCCCUGAACCUCCGCCGAGGAGUCAAUCCAUCACUGGAGAAAGAGAGAAAAAGACAGAGAAAGGAAGUGGAAGGAGAGAAAGGAUGGGUGGCGGUGGAGGGGGUUGCAGGAAAAAGGAGAGCCCUGCUGUCUGGCUCGCUGGCGUGCUGCCUUCCUGGCUCAUCACUGCUGUUCGGACAGACAGACAAUGAUGAUGACAGUCAUCAGGGAUGUAGCAGCCUUCCGCCUGUCCAUCCGACAGUAAGAGCGAGAGGAGCAGGUGCAGAAAAUCGAGAACAAAGAGGAAGCAGUGGAGACAGGAGCCCUAACGCUGCAGGAUGGAGAAAGGUGAACAGGAAACAGAAGGUGCCCAUGGAGGAGGUAUAUGACAUCUGUCAGGAUCCAGGGUGGGCGGGGGAUUCAGCGCCCCCCUUCUGCCGGCCGAGGGUCACCCAUCGCACUGCAGUCGCUGAAGUUGUCACGACACCGUGACACUUCCUUGGCAAUGGUGGCUGAGAGCCGGACAGCCCUCGGACGUUCAAGACACACACAUAUUUUUGAGUAAAUUUGUCUGAGGGGAGUGGGGGGCAUUUUGUAUGAGCUGUUUGUUCCUUCUCUGUACAGAAAUGUCAGCGUCUUGCUUGUUGUUUCCUCUUUCUUUUUUUCCCCCCUUCCCCUCUCUCUUCAGGGUCCUGGAUAGAGGAAGGUCAGCUGACACGGCAAGGUCGACAAACAAACAAACAGAAGGAAUUAAAAUGGAGAAAAACAGGGCAGAUGAAAUGUGGCGGUGUUUUUUUUUGUUUGUGUUUUUUUAUCUGUGUGAGGGCUGAUGGCUUGUAGCAGCCAUUACUCUCUGUUGUGUCCUCUGCCCCCCAUUGGUUGCAACAACACCGCCUGGCACUGCUGCCAGUGUCACGUCAUCUCAUACUUCUGCUUAACUACACGGACAACAAGGGCCACUUCACACCAGGAUCAGUUUACUAUUUCUCAGGCAGCCGUGUUUGCUCAAGGUGGCAAAGGUCAUUCACAGUGGAUUUGAUAAAAAUAAUUUUCCUCAGCCAGCAUGAGUUCAAAUUAGAUUUUAUCCCUUUUUUUUUCUCCUCGCCCUCUCUCUAUAUGAAGGGGAAAACAAAGGAAGUAUACCCGCAAAAGUCCACUCAAACACUUCACAGUAGCCUGGACCCAGACCUCUAGCUCGCUGCCAAAUAUCUGAUUUCUUCAUGAAAUGGCAAUUCAGUCUGAUUAUCUCAUCAGGCUAAUUGGAGCAUCUUAAUGUUCUGUCUAAACUGAUGAUGUCUGGCUACCCUCGCUUUUACAGCAUUUAUCACACAAACCAAAUGACAAUACGUUGACCUCAUGAUUAGCUCGGCUAGUCCACAAACAGACAGUUUAUAAAGAGAGAUUUGUUUGUUUGGUUGAAAAUCGUUUUAGAGUGAAAGAUGAGAAAUGUGGAUAAAUUAUAACUCUGAACUGAUCUUAAAGUCCUAAAUUCAUUCACAUUUAAUCUAUAGAGUGCAGGAAACUGUGCUGUAGGUACAUUUUAGGACAGUUUUAAACCAUAAACAAUUUUAUAGCCCUCUUGAGUGGCAGUCUUGUGAAAAGAUGAAGGAAUGUUGUUAUAGAUCAUGAUUUGAAAGUAAAGCCUUGCCUAGAAUUGUUUUUUACCAGCUAUUGUGCAGAGUGCAAAGCACAAAGUCGAGCGAAUUCAGACUCAAGUGCAAGCAUGAAAGUUUUUCUGGUGCUAAAUUAAUUUCCAACUCGGGCUUACAGAUGAAAAAGAAUGAUGCCGUCAUUUAGGCUUCACCGCGUGGAGCCGGCUCAGGCUGCUGCAGGUGAAGCCUGGGCCUCACCCUCGCAGAUCUGUAUGCAGAGUGUGCCUUUAAAAAAAAACAUGUUUCUUUUGUUUAUUCUUUGCGUUGUCUUUUCCUUUCUGUGUGGAGUUUUGACAUCGGAGAUGACAGGUGUCUGUGGAGUGGAGGAGGAGGAGGAGGAGGAGGAGAUGCUGGUAAGAAAACAAUCUUUGACUGCCUGUGGGUGAAGGCAGACUCCUCUAGGCAAAGCGGCCUUCAGCGUUUAGCUGGGGGCGCAGUAUCAAAAUCACAGCCACUGCUGUACCCCUAAGGCGCUAAUCUCAGCCAGUUACCGUCAAGUGCUGCUUCUUCUUUAUAUAAUCCUUCAUUCCCCCCCUUCCCUCGGCUCUCUCCAUCUCCGCCAUUCCUCCGUUUUCCCAGACCCAAUCCGCAGAGAUGUGAGGAUAAAUGACAGUUUGAGAAGGUGCAGGGGAAGCCAGGCAUCUUGAAUCCAACAUUGUUUCUUUGCUUACCAGUGUUAAAUCCAAACUGCGCCGCUUUCAGAAAAACGGUUUGCUGGAAUUGUAAUAUCAUAAUUAGCACGGCUUCUGCGCUUAUCUCCACUAAACUAGGCGUCUCACCAGAUGCCGAGGAGACCUCAGCCGUCAUUCAGCCGCCUAGAUGGAAAAGGGUUGUUGUUUGAUCACUGGAUGACUGCUAAUUUAAUAAGUGUUAACUAUGGUGCGGCCAAGCGAGCGGGAGGAAAAAAAAAAAAGAGAAAAAAGGGAGGGAAAAUGUUGAAGUAAAAAGCAUUAAGAUUAACUGAUGACAUGUUCAACUGUGCGCAUAAUAUGAGGCUUAGUUAAGUACGCGCAUGCUGUUUGUCAAUUAUUUAAAACCCCAGGAAAUUAAGUCCAGGUAAUCUCAUAAGGUGUAAAUAACAUUCUUUUUCAUGGCAGCUUAAUUGAAUUCAUUUGACACUGUUUAGAAAUAACAGAAUUAGAUUUGCUUUCACAUGAAACCAAAGACUGUCACAGGGAGCUCUUUGUAAAGUUGAAUAGAAUUGGAAUUAAAGUUUAGUAUUUCAAACACAUCUGGAGGGAUCAGAUAUGAGAAUAAUUGAAAUAACAGAGGAUUACUCGUGCUCCCUGCCUUUUGCAAAAGAAACCAGUGCGGACUACAGUAAUGUUUGCAGCACGUCAGAGGUCAGAACUGACCUGUUAUCUGUGGGAGAGCAGCACAUAAAUGCCCCCAAAUGCAAAACAUUUGGCAUUAAAAAGGAUCUCGACCCUCUGCUGACUUGUAAAUGGGGAAUAAAUUCAAUUUCUAC